GCUGGUUUGUUUUUGUGUAUUUCCACAAUUAUAACGUUCCCUGGUUAUACAAUUUAAUGUUUUUACAACUUACAAACGUCACAGGUGUGUAGAUUAUUUUAAAAUGGUGAAAUAAUAUAAGGUUCUACCGAAAUCGCAAGUGAAAAUCAAGCAUGAGUUAUCGUUCUUGAAUUCGAAAAUGCUGUGACGUCAUACAUGACAAUCGCCGAUCCAUCAGAAACUUCGCAAUGUCGCACGAAUAUAACUCCGAUUGUAGCGACCAUGACGAAAUCCCAGAGGUGUCAUUCUCUAUAAAUAUCAACCCAUAUAUGUAUGAACCCGAGACAUCGAACAAUGACGAUCAUGUCGACUCAGAUUCGUCAGAUUGUUUUGAAGAACUGAAUCUCAGCGACCAGAGUGAUGCAGACACCGUGGCUUCCGAUCAACCUGUCGGAGAAUGGUGCUCUUGUGGCAUGUGUUCUCAUAUGCCUACUGAAGAGGAAAGAAAAUGCUGUCAUGGUAUGAGCAUAUUUGAAGAAAAGCUGGCCAACAUUGACUGUAUCACCCAACAUGAAGGGUUUAUUGCAAAUUGUCUAAACUUGCAUGUACUGGAAACAUCAUAUUAUGAAUAUGCCGAUACACAUGGCCCAGGAGCACAAGAGGACAUUCACAGGUACUGGUAA